CAUUGACAUGUGGCCGGGAAGCCGCUGAGGAGCGAGCGGAGCAGGCGGCGGUGGCGCAGCGCGCUUGGAGCUCGCCCCUCCCCCCGCGGAGCCUUUAGGCCGGGGACGCGUUUCGGGCUUCAGCCGCGGAGAAGCAACCGCGGCGGCUCCCGGAAGCCCCGAGGCGGAGCUUCCAUGUUGGGGAAGCUGGCAGCGCGGCAGUGACCGAGCCCUGUGGGGACGCGGGGCCUCUACGGCCGAAGUCUCCGAUCCUUGGCGCCAGUUCAUCAAAACUCAGCUGUUGAACGCAUUCCAGACUCCUUGGAUGCUAACAUAACGUUGUAUUUCCCAAGUAGAGAUGAAGAACAAAAAAAAAUGUAUUCCAAAUAUUGAGGAUCAAAAACAUGAAGACAUGGAAGGUGACGAGAAUGAAGAAAGCUGUUCCUGUCCUACUGCUGUGUUAUAUGAUGAAGCUGACAGGUGCCCGAUCUGUCUAAACUGCCUUUUAGAACAGGAGGUUGGUUUUCCUGAAAACUGCAGGCACUUCUUCUGCAUGCCCUGUAUUCUUAAAUGGGCUGAAAUUAUGGCUUCAUGUCCGAUUGAUCGCAAACCUUUUCAAACUGUGUAUCAGCUUGGUGCAUUAAAAUACCAUAUAAAGGUUCAGGAGAAGAUUCAACUAAGGGAGAAGGGAGAAGAAGAAAACUGCUGCUGCAAUAAGGAAAAAUAUUACCACACGAAUACAAAAACCUUUAUGAGAAGGGAUACAUGUGCUGACAAAGGACCAUUAAUAGAAAAACUCUGUAAAGAUUUGAAGAACUACAGUGGUAUUUCAGAUGAUGAAAGAAAUAAGGAAACUGCAUCUGUGAAGAUAAACAAGCCCAGAAGACAGACCUGCUCCAAUGAAUGCUUCAGAAAUCAUUUCUGCAAUAGAUCUCCUUCCGCUGGAGAAUCCUUCUCCAGCUAUAGAAAUGACUGUACAGAACUUACAGAAAUCCAUACAGUGAUCAGACAGAAGAUACGAGAACUGGAAUUGUCCUCAUCCUCUGUGUUAACUAGAGUUCAAAGAAAUUCCUUCAUGUUUUGUGAAGCUGAAGCAGAAACCUUUCUUCUUGCUUCCAGUGUAAUGCCAGAGACUGUUUUUCCAACACAUACCACGCCUUUGGAAAAUUUUGGUAAACUUUUUUUUUU